AUGCUGCCGCUGUGGCUCUGCUGGGUGCUCUGGCUGCUGCCCCUGGCUGGCCCUGGGGCAGCCGUGAUGGAGGAGCAGGUCUUGGGCCGUCUACUGCAGCAGCUGCAGCUCAGCCAGGCCCCCACCCUGGACAGGGUGGACGUGGAAGGGAUGGCCAUCCCCAACCACGUGAGGUCCCAGUACGUGGCCCUGCUGCAUCGGAGUCACGCUGACCGCUCCCGAGGCAAGAGGUUCAGCCAGAACUUUCGAGAGGUGGCGGGCAGGUUCCUGGUGUCGGAGACCUCCACGCAUUUGCUAGUGUUCGGCAUGGAGCGGCGGCUGCCGCCUAACAGCGAGCUGGUGCAGGCCGUGCUGCGGCUGUUCCAGGAGCCGGUCCCCAGAACUGCCCUCCGGAGGCACGAGAGGCUGUCCCCAUACAGUGCCCGAGCUCGGGUCACCAUCGAGUGGCUGAGAGUCCGCGAGGACGGCUCCAACCGCACCGCCCUCAUCGACUCCAGGCUGGUGUCCGUCCACGAGAGCGGCUGGAAGGCCUUCGACGUGACGGAGGCCGUGAACUUCUGGCAGCAGCUGAGCCGGCCGAGGCAGCCGCUGCUGCUGCAGGUGUCGGUGCAGCGGGAGCACCUGGGCCCGGGGACCUGGAGCGCGCACAAGCUGGUCCGCUUCGCAGAGCAGGGGCCGCCGGGCGGCGAGGGGCGGGGCGAGCCGCAGCUGGAGCUGCACACGCUGGACCUCAAGGACUACGGAGCUCAAGGCAAUUGUGACCCUGAGGCCCCGGUGACUGAAGGCACUCGAUGCUGUCGUCAGGAGAUGUACCUGGACCUGCAGGGGUUGAAGUGGGCCGAGAACUGGAUCCUAGAACCCCCAGGUUUCCUGACUUACGAGUGUGUGGGCAGCUGCCUGCAGCCACCGGAGUCCCUGACCACGAGGUGGCCGUUUCUGGGGCCGAGGCAGUGCAUUGCCUCCGAGAUGACCUCCCUGCCCAUGAUUGUCAGCAUCAAGGAGGGAGGCAGGACUAGGCCUCAGGUAGUCAGCCUGCCCAACAUGAGGGUGCAGAAGUGCAGCUGUGCCUCGGAUGGGGCGCUCAUUCCCAGGGGGAUAGAUCUGUAGUCCCUAUGUACCCACUGUUUUCAUACCUUGUAAGCUACCUUGUCCUAACUCGGUGCCCACGUUUUCUCUUUGCCCUACAGUCUCCCGAGCAUGGCUUCCUUGUCCACCCCCUCGCCUAAGCACUUACAUGAGUAACUAAUGUCACUCCACUAGCACACCCUGGCCCACUUAGCAUGAGACACGGCUAAGCAGUGAACAGGUUCCCAGCUGAGUCUGUUUCCUGGCCAGUUCUCAAUCGUGGAACAAAACCCUAUGGCGAGAACAGGGGAAAUCAAAGCUAAUUUACUCUAUCACAUGGUGAUGUUUAAAUUCAUUUAAACAAAACAACGCAAACAGGAAGAUCCCAGUGAGCCCUAGAUUGGAGGGUAUCUGGAAA